CUCACGCUCACGCAUUGAAAUCCAAAUUUUCCGAAUUGUGUUGAUAAUAAUGGGCGUUGACAGCGACGGUUUUCUUGUGUUUACUUUUUGUCUUGUGGUAAUCCGUUAAUGCUCACAAAUGCCUACUCGAACGAACGGUAUCACAAAAUCGGGUUUUCGCGUAGAAUUUUCUUGAAUUGAUCAUCUAUCUGUUUUUGUUUGUCUUGGUAUUUUAUGUCUGUUCCCAAUAAAAACCGAUUUGGCUCUGGUAAUUGUAAGGAUCAUCGAUAUAGAUCGGGUGGAGGAGAUGUUGGACCAAGUGGCGCCGGCAAUGACGAAGAGGGCGGUGGGCGAAAAGAGGGAGAGGGAGAGGGAGAUGAUAAUAGGAAGAAGGGGAAAAAGGUGUCGAUAUUAGGGUUCCGAAAGGUGAAGAGGAGUGUCCUGAGGAGGAAGCAGAAAGGCAAUUCCAAUUCUGUUGGUCCUAGCAGAGCAGCGUAUGGGCAGUGUUUCUUAUGCUUGAAGCCUCCGCGGGAUAUGGAUUCUCAGACUCAAUCACAGAGCCUAUUCAAGGAUUUAUAUUAUUGGAGCAGAAUUCCUCGGCACAGCAAAAGGUCUAGAUAUUAUAGUUAUAUUGUUAUACAUACUGGUCAUAGUCUGGACUGUAAGCUUUUAUUUUGCUAUAAAACAAACUUUGUUCUUGUUUUCAAGCAAAUGGAAACUUGAAAGUUGCUAUUUUUGGGAAUUUAUGGUUGCUUCAGUUUGGAACAGUUUUCAAGCAGAAUUUCUUGUUGCAGUGUUUGAAAUGUUGGUUUAGUUUUGAGGUAGACUGAGGUGAGACACAUAAAAUUUUACAUUUGCUUUGAUUGGGAAGGGUACUGAGGUUUCUGUGUUCAAUGGAGGUCAGUGAAGGGUCAAGUCCAGCAAUUGAUGGCUAUGGGGAUUGUUGGGCAGAGGUCGGUGAAGGGCCAAGUCCAACACCCUGUCUCUCGAAAAUGUGGCACAGUAUAUAAGAAAACGAGGUAUAACUUUUGGUGUAAGCGCUUUAUCCUAAAGUGGUAUCAGUGCCAAAAUUGGUGUGCUUGAUCCUAUCACUCUGCUUAUCAUUGCAUUAUUCAUUCUUUUGAUUUGUAAAGAUUACCUGCCUGCCAUAUUUGAAGGUUGAAGUGUACAUACAUAUACCAAUCUUAGGCUCAAGAAAAAUAAGGAUUUUAGAAUAGACAGGUAGCAAGGGCUGAUGUAGAGCAACAUGAGUUUUGAUGUUCAAAUAUGAUGAGCUUCACAGUACUGAAUAUUUAGUUUAGAGUGAUGUACUUAAUUGAUCAACAUGAGAGAUGAAACCAAUUAUAAACAUGUGGACUGGAGUAAUGCAUUUGCGGCUGGAUUUUAUUUCUCA